AUGCCAGGGCAGCUGGGCUUAGCUGCUGCAGACGCUGCCGGCCGACUCGUUCCAUCCACAGACAACAUCCUGACCGGAAAACAAGAGCAUUACCUCAAGCGAGAGCUUCUAAGCGCCCAGGUCCGCCAUGAAAUCGUCGAGCUUGCCCAUCCCACCGCCCUCCGCCGCUUCGGCGCGCCUUUCAAGUCGGAGUUUGGCGAAGUCGCCCCCGUGGACUCGGACUUGCCUAUCCUACGAUUUAUCUUUGUCAACCAUGUCCGCAAUUUCCCUUUUCUCGACCAGGCCAACGAGAAGGAGUUCUGGCAGGAUCGUUUGCAAGUGUUUCUCGAAUCGUUCGCCAACAAAGCCAUCUCGUCGUCUGAAGAUCGCUUGGAAGAAACAAAGCGGAGAAAGCUUGCAAAAAAAUGCGAAAAACUGGUCGAAUUGAUGAUGGUUUCGGGGAUUCCCACCGCGUCUGGAUACGAAGAACGCAUACGAUUUUCAGAGAUGGAGAUUGUAGACCGUGGAGCCAACGAGCAAGGUCUCCUCGUGAACAUGCCGGAUGGCCAAUCAAUCAACAGUUGGGAUGUGAAUGUAGCGGGUGUCAGGACGACAUCCGUGAAGCGCACUGUCCGCUACCAUCAACACGCGGAAUUCAUUCUCCGUGUUCGUAAAGCCGGACUGCCAGAUAUCUACGUGGGCCGAAGAUAUGGUGAUUUUGUGAAACUCCAUAAACGAAUUCGGACCGAACUACCUGGGAAAAUGCUCCCGCCUCUGCCUAGAAAAAACAAAAAGUCCACGACUACUUCGUUCUUUGGGGGCUGGGGCGACGAUGAUGCUUCUUCUGUAUCUUCGUUAUCAACGCAAGGCGGCACAGCUCCUGCGAUUGCUGUUGGUGAGCAGCCUUCGGCCUCGAGAUCCAGCUUAAAACUGGACAUUUCUUCACAUCACCGUUCAACAUCCCGAUCUUCUGCGGUGUCUACAAAGUCCACUACACCUCCCCCCCCUGCUAGUGACUUGCGUGAGACCGUGACUCUUUAUCGGGAAGAGCAACGUGUAUCGUUGAGAGCGUUCUUAAGGACAAUACUGCAAAACCCGAGAGUGGCCGAAUCCAAAGCCAUGGAGGAGUUUUUGACGGCAAAUCCUGUUGUCUUGAACGAGGAAGAACUACUUGAUAUUCAGCAAAGGAAAAACGCCGAUGCCGCUCGCAUUGAAGAGCAAGAGAAGUUUUACGAAAUUGCUCGCCAGCGCGCCGCUGAGCUGGAUGUGUAUAUGGAAAAGUUUCGUCAAAACAUUGUCGAAUCUAGUAAGCAUUCCCUUAUCCCACGACUUCUAUACAGAAAAGAGCAAAAGAACUUGGCUAAGAAUUUAGAUGGCCUUACGAAGCUGUUUGCAGAGAUCAAGGAGAAGGACAAAAUCCAGGACCUGAGCCCCGAAUACCAGAAGUUUGCUGAAUGGCUUCGAAUUGAAGUCGCUGCCACGAUAUAUCAUCUCUUCCUGGCCGAGGACAACUCACCAGAACUCUUCGCGCAAGCCAAGAGGAUACACUCGCUAAUUCCUUAUACCCUCUUGAAAAAUGUCAUCCGCAUUGCCAACCCUGCAGCCGUCAUGUCCGGCGUCCUUGAUCUGUUCCUUGCUCAGCCAUUUGGGUCCCGCUCACUGUUGCAGCGCAUAUUCUCCAUGACUCUGCACGACGGCAUCAAGUCAUUCCAAAAACCCAUUGACGGAUUAGUUGCCAAAAUUGACGACCACGCAAUCUCAGAUAAGCUGAAGGCGUUUGUCAAUUCACCCGAUUCUAUCAAGACCGUCAUUCGGGAUGAAGCGCAAUAUGAAGAUGUUGAUAUUGUCGUUGCGAUUCUCAGAUCCGAGUUGAUAGCGCCUGAGAUGAGCGCAGCGCAGAUUGAAAAGAUCUUCAAUGCUUAUGUGGCGUGGAAUGCCGCCAUCGAGGCUGAGAACGUGUACGAGGAGAUGAGGCAGGGUGCCGAGUGGUUUGCUUAUCUGAAACAGUUGCUCAAAUUGUAUACUCGCCAACGCGACAAGGCAAUGAUGUUGAAUAUGAUCGAAGAGCCCGUGACUUUGAAACUCUUCCGAGACUUGUUCACCAUAUUCUAUGAACCUUUGGUCCGCGUUUACAAGUCAGCCAAUGUAUACAACAGCAUAACUGACUUUGCCAAAUUUGCUGAGGAUGCCAUUCGGGUGAUUGAAAAGGCUCAACGGCAGGAUGUCUCAGCAGACCCUAAUCAGACAGUGCAAGCAUUUAUUGAUCUCUGUGCACGCCACGAGCACAACUUCUACAAAUUCGUGCACGAGGUUCACUUACAUGACAAUGGUCUCUUCGGGUCCCUGAUGGCCUGGAUUGAGAAUAUCUUGGAUUUCCUCCGAAAAGGGCCGCGCAGUGGGUUUAAAUUGGACAUGAAUGCGCUGUUCCAAGGAGCAGUGUCCAGCAAGCAGAUCAAUAAGGAAGCAGCCAUCAAAGAAAUAGACGGCCUCGUCCAGUGGCAGGAGGACAGGAAGAAAUGGCACCACAGCAAGACGAGACAGAAAAUGGCAGCUGAGGGAGAAGCACCGGGCGCUCUGUCCUUCCGAACGACCGAUUUUGGUCUUGACGAGGCUGACCUGGAGGAUCUGGCCAUUGCCGAUGAGGAGUCGGGUGAAGACGACGAGAAUAGCGAUGAUGACGAUCUAGAUCCUAUCCUAGCAGAGCGCAAGCGGCGUGCUAGGAGACAAGACCAUCUACGACGGUCGGCUGGCGAGCCAGUCAAGCCUGAUGUGACAGAGGUGUACAAGAUGCAAGACUCGUUUGGGAUGAUGCUGCGACAGGUUUUGGCGGACUGA